GAUUUUCUUAUUGGGCUUGUAGUCGCUGGGUGUCCACAUUUUUUUUUUUUUUAGAAGACCGGAAGUGGAGUCACUGAGAGGUAGCCAGAAAUGGAACGGAAAGUAAGCAGAAUCUGCCUUGCUUCUGAUCCCAAUGUAACUUACUUUCUGCAAGUGUCUUGGGAGAGAACGUUCGUAUCCGGUUUUGUUAUUACCCUUACCGAUGGCCAUUCAGCCUGGACUGCAACAGUUUCUGAAUCAGAGAUUUCCCAAGAAGCUGAUGACAUGGCUAUGGAGAAAGGAAAAUACGCUGAUGAGCUGAGAAAGGCACUGGUGCCAGGGUCGGGAGCAGCUGGUCCAUACAAGUUCAUCUUCUCUAAGGAGUCUCGACAUUUCUCCCUUGAGAAAGAACUGAAAGAUGUGUCAUUCAGACUUGGUUCCUUCAACUUAGACAAUGUUUCAAACUCAGCUGAAGUCAUUAGAGAACUCAUUUGUUACUGCCUGGACACUAUUGCCGAAAAACAAGCCAAAAACGAGCACCUGCAGAAGGAAAAUGAAAGGCUCGUUAGGGACUGGAAUGAUGUUCAAGGCCGAUUUGAGAAAUGUGUAAGUGCCAAAGAAGCCUUGGAAGCUGAUUUGUAUCACAGAUUUAUCUUGGUGCUGAAUGAGAAGAAAACAAAGAUCCGAAGCUUGCAUAAGUUGUUAAAUGAAGUCCAGCAGCUGGAGGAGAGAACCAAACCUGACAGGCAAACUCCAUGUUCUGAAAAAACAACUGACGAGGAUGGACUUUAUGACGGAAGCACUGAUGAAGAAAGCGGAGCCCCUGAGCAGGCUGCAGAAACCCUUCAUAAGGAUGAUUCCAUAUUUUCAAGUCCAGAUGUCACUGACAUUGCACCAAGUAGGAAGAGGAGACACCAAAUGCAGAAGAAUCUUGGGACAGAACCUAAAAUUGCUCCACAGGAGUUGCCGCUACAGGAGAAGGAAAGGCUUGCCUCGUCACUGCCUCAGACCUUGAAAGAGGAGAGCGCCUCUGCUGAAAACCUGUCUUUAGAAACCCUGAGAAACAGCAGCCCAGAAGAACUCUUUGAUUAGCUAUAACUCUAGAAAGCAACACUAGUGUUCAAGUAAACUAUAUUCUUUAUCCAAUUUCUUUGCAUGAGAAGACAGGCUUUCAACUUAGCAGCCGUGGUUACUGUGUGCAACGUCAGUCUAUGUACCCAAUGAAUUACCCUAGUAUGUGACCAGCAGAUUGGGUGACAGAGGGACACUUUCUUUUUCUAUUGUUUGUUAAAUCUGAGUUUGUUGCAAAGGGGACAUUUAUCAUAUUUGUCUGCACAUUAUUGUAGCUUUCUAAUGACUCUUGGAAGAUUUUGGAAAUAUAGCAAAAAAAAAAUCUUUAAUUCUUUUUAAAUUGCACUUUAAAUUCCUUUUGUUUGAACAUUUUAAUUUGUGAUGUGAUGUAUAUAAAAUACAUCUUUACCUUAUGUGUAAACAAUCUGAAAAUCUGAUAGUUAAUAAAAGUUUGU